AUCGCAUUAAAAAAAUCUAUAUUAAUAUUAACUGUCAAUUGAAUUAAUACUACAAAGAAACUAAUGGAAUACACAAUAAUUGGAAUUGGGCUUGUUGGUGCCGUUCAAAAUUUAUUGGAAUCUUCAGACGAAGACGAUUCUAGCGAUGAUGAAGAUCUCAUUUAUUGUUUUGGAAAUCGAGCAGGACAAGGUAUUAUUCCAAGAACCCAAGAUUAUGUAGAAAAUACGGUUUUUCGGAUGAGCGAUGAGACUUUCAAAAGUCAUUUUCGUAUGAGACGAGAUACUUUUGAAUUUCUGAUAAAUUUACUGGGACCGGACUUGCAAAAACAAUCUGUCCACUUUGGUAGACAUCCUAUUCCUGUCGAAAAACAGCUCCUCCUGAGUAUUUGGACCAUGGCAACACCAGAUUCCUACAGAUCAGUGUGUGAUCGUUUUAAUGUCGGAAAAGCAACAGCUUGGAGAACUGUUUGGAAAGUAGUCAAAUCAAUAUAUAAUUUUCUACCUAUUUACGUAAAAUGGCCUACCCGUGAAGAAGCAAGUAUAACAUCAAAUCAUAUGUAUCGAAAGUAUGGAUUUCCUAAUGUAUUGGGAGCGGUCGAUGGAACACAUAUAAGAAUUGCUCAACCGAAAGAACAUCAGGCCAGCUAUAUUAACCGCAAAGGAUUUCAUUCUCUACAAACUCAGCUAGUAUGUGAUCACAAGUUUAAAAUUAUUCAUGCGUACUGUGGUCAAGCAGGCUCAGUUCAUGACGCUCGUGUUUUCCGGUUGUCAAAUUUACAAAAUUAUUGCACACCUGAAUUUUUCCCUGAUGAUACCCAUUUGUUAGGAGAUAAAGCUUACAGUAUUCAACCUUGUAUAAUGGUACCUUAUCGAAAUAAUGGUAACUUGAAUGAAGAUUCUGUGCGAUACAAUAAGAUACAUUCAAGUGCUCGUAUGAUGAUAGAACGAACAAAUGCUUUAUUAAAAGGAAGAUUUCGGAGUUUAUUGGAUAAACUACCAUUCAAAAGAACUGACUUAAUACCAUAUUAUGUUAUUGCUUGUUGUAUUUUGCAUAACAUUUGCAUUAUGAGAGAUGAUUUAAUUGACAUCCCAUUCUUGUGAAUCAUGAAAUUCUAGCAAUGGAUGUAGAUAUUGAAAUGAACAAUGCCAUGAAAGUUGCUGGAAUGGUGAAAAGAGAAAGGUUGAAAAAUUUAAUAAAUAAUAAUGUAUAAGUUUCAACCUUUUAUUACACAUGCAUACUAAUCAGCUGAUAAUUAAAUUAUAUAAAUCAAUUUAGAAAAGUAAGCUUCUAAAUCGACUUGCCGAAGAAAAAAUUGUAAAUUUUAUUGUAAAUCUAUUUUUAUCGAAAAUCUUUGAAAACAAAGCGUAUCCUGCUAAUUUUGGGGAAAAAAUUACUGAGAACAAGUAAUGAAAUUAUUGCACAUUUUAUCAUGUUCAUAUAUUUUUAUUUUUACUUAUAACUUAUUUUCAUAUAUCUUAUAAAAAACCUAAUGUUAUUCUUGCGAUAAAUCUU